AAUGCAUUCCCUUUCUACAAACCGCCUCGGCGUAAAAAUCUGCUAUAUAACCCACCCACGAUCGAAAACCCACUUGGCAUAAUCUCUCAACGACGCUGCAGCGCAGAGACUCAACAUUCUCACUCUGCUUCUUAGGGUUUUCGCAUAACCAAUGGCCGGAAAAACCAUAUUAUCAGACGAAGAAGAAGAUGACAUUGGAGUUGAAGAAGUUGGUCUUGAAGAUCGUCGUGAUGAUGAUGAAGAGGAAGAAGAAGAAGAAGGCGAGGAUGAGUAUGAGAAAGAUGGGUUCAUAGUCGAUGAUAUUGAUGAAGAUGGGGAGGAAGAAGAUAGGGCAGAUAGUGAUGACGAGAGACAAAAGAAGAAAAAACGAAAGAAACGAGAAUCGGAGAGGAAUUUUGUUCUUGAUGAAGACGACUACGAGCUUCUUCAAGAUAAUAACGUCGGUUAUCGACGUCCAAAGGAGAGUCAAAAGUUUAAGCGAUUAAAGAAAGCAAGGGCCGACGCUGAUGAAGGGCAAUCUGGAUUUUCCGAUGAGGAAGAGUAUGACGUAACUGGAAAGGGUGGGCGAAGUGCAGAAGAUAAAAUUAAACGUAGUUUAUUUGACGAUGACGAGGGUCCGCCGUUAGAGGAUAUUGCCGAAGAGGAUCCACAAUUAGAAGAAGAAGAAUAUGGUGACAUCGGUGAAGAAGAAGAAGACGAAAUGGCUGACUUCAUUGUUGACGAAGAUGAGGUUGAUGAACACGGAGAACCAACAAGGAGAAGGAAGGUUCACAAGAAAAAACUUAGGCAGGCCCCGGGAGUCUCGUCUACCGCAAUUCAAGAAUCUCACGACAUAUUUGGUCAUGUAGAUGUGCUCUUGAUGCAAAGGAAAUUAAAGCUAGGAAACAUCAGUAGGUACGAAGAAGCCGGUGAAAGGAGACUAGAAGACGAAUUUGAUCCGAUUAUUCUCUCUGAAAAAUACAUGACCGAGUAUGAUAAGCGCAUUCGGGAGAUAGAUAUUCCAGAAAGAAUGCAGAUCUCCGAGGAAAGCACUGGUCCACCACCAACAGACGAAGUUAGUAUAGAAGACGAGAGUAACUGGAUUCUUAAUCAACUUGGAACGGGUACGGUACCUUUGUUCACCAAAGGACAUGAGCUGGCAGUACGUAAGGACGAUAUUGGUAGGUUUUUGGAAUAUACGCAUGUUCAGAAGUUGGAUGUGCCGUUUAUUGCUAUGUAUAGAAAGGAUGAGUGCCAAAGCCUUUUUGUAGAUCCAGAGCCACAAGAUGACUCGAAACCCACGCUGACGUGGCACAAGGUACUUUGGGCUAUUUUGGAGUUAGACAGGAAGUGGUUACUGCUUCAAAAACGAAAAAGCGCGCUACAGUUAUACUACAACAAGCGGUUUGAAGAAGAAAGAAGCGUAUAUGACGAAGCACGUCUUCAUUUGAAUAAAAAACUGUUUGAUUCAAUUACAAAGUCUCUCGAAGUUGCUGAGUCAGAACGAGAAGUUGAUGACGUGGACUUAAAAUUUAACCUGCAUUUCCCUCCUGGUGAUGCUGUCGUUGAUGAAACAAAGUUCAAAAGACCCAAACGGAAAUCGCAGUACAGCGUUUGUUGCAAAUCCGGACUGUGGGAGGUUGCUAGCGUGUUUGGUUACAGCUCUGAGGAAUUCGGAUUGCUUAUCUCUCUUGAACAAAUGAGAACCGAUGAAUUAGAGGAUGCAAAGGAAACGCCAGAAGAAGUGGCUUCGAGAUUUUCAUGUGCAAUGUUUGAAAAUCCUCAAGCUGUUCUUAGAGGAGCUAGGCAUAUGGCGGCAAUUGAGAUUAGCUGCGAGCCAUGUGUGAGGAGACAUGUUAGAAGCAUAUUCAUGGAUAACGCUGUGGUGUCAACUAAACCCACCGCUGACGGUGACAUGGCUAUAGACUCACAUCAUCAAUUUGCGGUGAUCAAAUGGUUGAAAGACAAACCGAUGUCUAAAUUUGAUGAUGCACAGUGGCUUCUUAUCCAAAAGGCUGAAGAAGAGAAACUUAUUCAAGUUUCCGUAAAGCUUCCCGUAUCUAUCCAAGAUCAACUGAUUAAUGACGCGUAUACUUAUUAUCUUAGUGACGGCGUUAGUAAAUCUGCUCAAUUAUGGAAUGAACAAAGGAAGCAGAUAAUAAACGACGCGUUUGAUGGUUUGCUUUUACCGUCAAUGGCAAAAGAAGCGAGAACUUUGUUAACAAGCAGAGCGAAAAACUGGUUACUAACGGAAUAUGGAAGACAUUUAUGGGAUAAAGUAUCUGUUGCACCCUAUCAGAAAAAAGAUCACGAUGGUAAUCUAUCUGAUGAUUAUGAAGUUGCACCGAGAGUUAUGGCAUGCUGUUGGGGCCCGGGGAAGCCCGCAACUACGUUUGUGAUGUUGGACUCGAAUGGUGAAUUUGUUGAUGUAUUGUAUGCCGGUUCCAUUAGCAUUGGUGGGCAAAACGCUAAUGAUCAAGAACGUAAGAAGAAUGAUAAACAGCGUGUCGCUAAGUUCAUGAUAGAGCAUCAACCGCAUGUUGUGGUUCUUGGAGCUGUUAAUUUGUCUUGUGCUUGGCUCAAGGACGAGAUUUGCAAUGUUAUAUGUAAGAUAUUUGAAGACAACCCGAGAGACAUUAAGCGUGAGAUGGUUGGUGUAACUAUCGUAUGUGCUGACGAGACUAUCCCACACUUGUAUGAAAGCUCCCGCAUUUCAUCCGAACAGCUUCAACCACACCCCGGCAUCGUUAAACGAGCGAUGGCCCUCGGGCGUUACCUUCAAAAUCCAUUAGCAAUGGUAGCUACCCUCUGCGGGCCCGCAAAGGAGGUAUUAUCCUGGAAACUUACUCCGUUAGAAAGCUUUUUAACUCCCGAUGAAAAAUACACCAUGGUUGAACAAAUAAUGGUCGACGCCACUAACCAAGUAGGUCUAGAUGUAAAUUUAGCCGUAACCCAUGAAUGGUUAUUUGCUCCGUUACAAUUUAUUUCCGGGCUCGGGCCCAGAAAAGCCGUUUCUCUACAAAAGUCGUUGGUGCGGGCUGGCUCGAUGCACACCCGUAAAGACUUUUUGGACCACAAGGUAUUGGACCACGAGCUAGACAGAAAGGUUUUUGUAAAUGCCGUCGGGUUCUUACGGGUUCGUCAAAGUGGAAAUGCGGCUAGCAGUGGUCAAUUCGUUGACUUGUUAGAUGAUACGCGAAUCCACCCGGAAUCAUACGGGCUCGCACAGGAAUUGGCGAGAGAUAUGUACAUGGAAGACGGUCAAGAUGCAAACGAUGAAGAGAUGCUUGAAAUGGCGAUAGAACACAUGAGAGAAAACCCUCAUUUGUUAAAACGUCUGGAAGUCGAUGCUUAUGCGAGAUCUAGAAAUUUUGAAAAUAAAAAGGACACUUUGAAUCACAUACGAUUGGAGUUGAUUCAAGGGUUUCAAGAUUGGCGAAAACCGUAUGUGGAACUGACUCCAGAUGAAGAGUUCUACAUGUUUACUGGUGAGACAGAGGAGACACUUUCCGUGGGUAAAAUUGUCCAAGCGACUGUUCGUAGGGUUCAACCUGAAAAAGCGGUAUGUGUUCUUGACUCGGGGUUGACCGGUUUGCUCGGUAUAGAAGACUUCAGUCGAGGAGAGAAUGAUUUGACGGAGAAGUUGAAUGAAGGCGAUAUAUUAACUUGCAAAAUAAAAUCAAUUCAGAUAAAACGGCGUCAUGUGCUUUUAAGCUGUAAAGAAAGCGAUUUAACGUACGGCCGCAGUAAUUUCGAAAAUGGAAAGGAAAACGUAGAUCCUUAUUAUUGCGAAGACCCCAAUAAUUUAGGCAAUGAAAAGGAAAAAACGCGUAAAGCUAAAGAGUCGGCAAAGAAGCAUUUCAAAUCGAGAAUGAUCGUUCAUCCUCGUUUUCAGAACAUUACGGCUGAUGAAGCAAUGCAGAUGUUGGCAGAUAAGGAACCUGGUGAUGUUAUCAUUCGUCCUAGCAGCCGUGGACCGUCGAUUUUGACUUUGACUCUAAAGAUCUACGAUGGCGUUUAUGCUCACAAGGACAUCACCGAAGGUGGGAAAGAGAAUAAAGACGUUACUAGCAUGUUACGCCUUGGAAAAACUUUGAAAAUAGGAGAUGAUGUAUUUGACGAUCUGGACGAGGUGAUGGAUCGUUAUGUGGAUCCUUUUGUAGCUCACUUAAAGGCGAUGUUGGCUUACCGAAAGUUUAGAGAUGGGGGGAAAGCUGAAGUCGAUGAAAGUUUAAGAAGAGAGAAAAAUGAAAACCCGUCAAGGAUUGUUUACUCGUUUGGUGUAUGUCAUGAACACCCGGGGGCGAUUAUUUUAACGUAUAUAAGGAGUUCAAAUCCGCAUCACGAGUAUGUUGGAUUAUAUCCGAAAGGAUUCAAAUUCCGCACGAGGAUGUUUGAGGAAAUUGAUAGACUUGUGGCGUAUUUUCAAAGACACAUUGAUGAUCCACUAGAUGCGGGACCGUCUAUGCCAUUAGUUGCCGCCAUGGUGCCAAUGCCAAUGCGCAGCCCUGCAGGCGGUGGUUCUGGUGGCUGGGAAGGCCAGUCUGGAGAUCGAGAAAGAGCUGAUGUUAUUGCAGGUAGAAGUGAUUACAGGAAUGUUGGUGGUCAUGAUGGACAUCCAAGUGGUCUGCCACGGCCUUAUGGUGAUGGUCUUGGGUGGGGCCGAGGACAAGGGCCGUACAACAGAGGAAACGACGGUGGAUUUGGAAGGUCUAAGGACGGGGAAGAGUUAUGGGGUGGCAGCGGCAUGAAGAGAAGUCCGGUGGUUGGCGGAGGCGGUGCUGGGUGGGGCAGUGGGUGGUAGUUUGAGUAUGGAUCUGUAGGGUUGCUUCAAACUUUGAACUUACUACUACUAUAGAUAGAUAUAAGUUUGCUAUGUUAUUUCCUUUUAGAUUUAAGAUUUUGUUCUGGGCUCAGUAUAUUUGUGAAUGGUGGUUUUCUUUAUGAUGGAAAUAUUAGUUUAACAAA